GAGACUUGCAGGAACUGAGAUGGCCUGAAGCCGAAGGAACUGGAAAGACCAGAACAGAAGUGAGCCGGAAGAAGCUCUGAAGAUCCGAAGACUGUGGCAGAAGAAGAGGAAAAAACCUGAAGAAAGCCAAGAAGACACGAGCGGGACACUUAAAGGCACAGCGGGACUAUGCUUAAUGGCGGCUGCUGAUCUGAGAGACGAGCUGACCUGCUCCAUCUGCCAGGACAUUUAUACCGAUCCCGUUACCUUGCCCUGUGGCCAUAACUUCUGCCGGGGCUGCAUUGAGAAGACAUGGGACUGGCAGAAGAGCAUAGAGGAAGAUCCAUCAUGUCCUGAAUGCCGAGAGAGAUACAGGAGACAACCUGACCUUAAAAGGAACCUGAGGCUGAGUAACAUUGCAAAACGAUUAUUUUCUACUCACCCAGAGCCUGAUGGGACUGGGAACUCUGGGAACAGAACAUGUUCUGCCCACAAUGAGCCCCUAAAGUAUCUCUGCUGUGAGGAUGGGGCCUGUAUCUGUGAGUCCUGCUGCCUGGCCGGGGGGCACCGGGGCCACAGGGUGGAGCUGAGUGAGGCCUCUGAGAAGAAGAAAGAGAAACCAGAGACAUUACUCACAGGCUUAGCUGGGAUUGUCACUGGGGUAAAGGGAUGGAUCUAUGGGCAGGAGGCUACAGAGCUGAUACUGGAUACAAACUCAGAUCACCAUCGCACUCCCGAGGGAUUUCAGGGUUCCCAGGCCGUAGCCCAGCAAAGCGACCAGUGGGAAAGGCCUCGCAGUGAGUUCAAGCUGGUUAAGCACCUGGAAGCAGGAGAUUUUGGAGAAGUAUGGGAAGGCCUCUGGAAUGACAAAGAUAAAGUGGCCAUAAAGACCUUCAAAGAAGCAAAUGAGAGUCAUUUAAAAAAUGAGGUUGACGCUCUCAAGACCUUGCGUCACAGGAACCUGAUCCAACUUUAUGCAGUUUGCUCAGUAGGAGAACCGGUCUAUAUAGUCACUGAGCUCAUGUCUAAAGGAAGCCUCCUGCAGUUCUUAAAAGGUAAUGAAGGACCUUGGUUAACAGAUGCUAAUUCCACGCACAUCAUCUCUCAGGUGGCAGAGGGGAUGGCGUAUCUAGAGAACAAGCAUGUACUUCAUAUUACCUUGGCCGCUCGUAAUGUGCUUGUGGGGGAGGAACUAUUGUGCAAGAUUGCGGAUUUCGGGUUGGCCAGAAUACUGAAGUCAAUUGCUUGGGCACUCACCCAAAUGUUUGGCCGCCAGGGAGGAUGGCCAAGAAAAGAAAAUCUCAUUAGAUGGACUGCCCCCGAGGUGCUGACACGCUACAGAUACACUGCGAAGUCUGAUGUUUGGUCAUUUGGCAUUGUCAUGUAUGAAGUCUUCAUGUUGGGACGAACGCCCUACCUAGGAAUGAAUAACCAGGAAGUGAAAGAUAAAGUCACAUCAGGAUACAGACUCCCCAAGCCGGAUGACUGUAGCCCCGAUAUUUACAACUUGAUGUUGGAAUGUUGGCAGAAAAACCCAAACCGAAGGCCAAGCUUCUUUGAACUUGUGGAGAAACUGACUGCCAUCCAGUGUAGCCUCCAGUUAAAGUCAUGGUGUAUCUAAGAGCCGGCGGUUAGCAGACUGCCUGGAUUACACAGCUGUAUUUGUGCUUAAUACUGAAGGGCUCAUUGAUGACCAGACUUGUGUAGAACUAAAUGGACACAACGUGUGGGGAAAUGAACCCCGUUUGUAUCAUUGCCUGGGGCCCAUGUACCUGCCCAGUCGCUGAACUAUAGCAAGAAUGGGAAAGUUGUGCUCAACCCAACAUUUUAAACCAUUUGGUGGGGGGGGCAAUGAGGCCGUGACCACAAAAUUCAU